AUGGAGGGCGGAGGCGAGAGUGCCGACUGGAAAUCUGACGAUGAAAGUGAUGAAGAAAGUGCGGACUCAAGCAGCAGCGAGGAGGUCGACUCGCCCCCUUGUUCUGAGAAACGUUCCAAGCAUUCACAUGACCCAGCAGGUGGAUAUGGCAAAGUAGCCCCGCCAAGUAUGCAGGUCUUGAAGCAAACUCGGACAUCUACUCCCGAUCCGCCAGAGAAGGCCCCGAAGCAGCCCAAGGUUGCGCCAACAAAGCCUCGGAAGGCCCUGCCUAAGAUCAAGGUGGACGUUCCAGUUGCUUCUGCUGCUGCUACUUCCGGGACAUCCAUGGAUAUUUACAAGGAUCAAGAUGAGGAGGAAACUGAAGACGCAGCCACCUCUCGAGCAGCACCGCCAAAUGUUAUCGAACUGCCAGAUCAUGAUGACCAUGAGGAUGUGCCUCAAAGGAACACAGGGAGAAGAGGCAGGACUCUGGGCAAGAAGGUGCCCGCCAGCAAAGCGUCUCACUCGACACCAGCAUCGGACUCGGUCGUCCCACAACUUGGUGAUCCAGCUCGGGCUUCUGUUUCCUUUGUUCAUCCUAUGUCAACUGCUCAGCCUUCAGUGUCGACUAUUCAGCCUCCUGCUCCGACUGCGCAACCUCAAACUUCAGUUCUUGGAGCUACCUCGUCAGUUCCACCAACACCUCUCUUUGCCACUCAUCACGUCUCGGAAAACGAAGUAAGCGCUACCAAGGAGGUCGUGUCCCAAGCAGGCUUGAUGAUGGAGCGAAUGAAGGUGGUGUACGAGACCAGCAAGGCCGCUUAUGAUGCCAGCUCUGCCCUUCAAGCCAACGUCCAAGCUCUCGAGCAAAAGGACCUCGACCUUGCAGCAGCGCAGAAGACGGCCCGAGAAAGAACUGAACUUGCUGAUAAGAAGCUGGCUUCAGUCGAAUUCUGUCGAAACUUCAAGGAAGAGACUGGGCGGAUUGAGACGAGCCUGGAUCCCAUCAACUCUCAUGUUAAGGAUGAAGCUACCAUGAACGUGAUGCGACUGGAAUCUCGCCUCGCCAGCGUCCUGGACUAUCUUGCCCGACUAAAGGUGGCGGUGUCGCGAGUCGACACGGAACUCUGGCCAGUCCACUGCAAGGAAGUUAAAGAAGAGAAGCUGGCAUCUCUCAAGGUCGCCAACACCAAGAAGCUUCAAUUCCAGUCCUUCAUGGGGACCUUCAUCGACGCUUCCACUCGUAUCGCAGAUGGAAUCGACCUGGAUGAGUUCGUCGAGCCAGCUAGCCCUCCUCCUGCUGAGUGA